UAUUGAUUGAAUUCGCAUAAAUAGCAUUGUAAUAGCAAAUUAACGCAUCAGUUGUUCGCCUUAGCUUAUCCGGCCACCAGCAAGUGUGCAAGUGUCGUCCUGCGUACCGUGCGUCUAGUGCAGUUUCCGUAUCCGUUCCGUUCAAGAUGGUCGCUAAGCGUUGUUUCCUGGUUGCCACCCUGGCUGUGGUUGCUUUCGGUGCGGUGGCGUACGCCGAUACGAGCAAGGAAGAAUCAGCCAUGAUCAAUCUGAUCAACGAGAUCGACAACGAGUCACGGUUCCCACUGUUCGGUGGGCUCGCCGUGGAGCGUUCGAACGACUACGAGGUCCGUGCCUACGGAGCCCGCACGAACGAGGACCUUGCCGACCGGGCGGUCCGCUACCUUGCCUCCCACACCCUUAAGUUCAACGUGCCUUCUGAGGAGAACACCGUCGAAGAAGCUCGCAGCAGCCGUCUGAAGAAGAUGUUGUUGCCUCUGCUGCUGGCAAUGAAGCUGAAGAUGGCUGUUGUGUUGCCAAUCCUGCUGGCCAUCGUGAAAUUCAUCUCGCUGAAGGGUCUGAUCGCCGGUCUGAUGGCUUUGAAGUUCUCCAUCUUCACCGUCCUGAAGGAUCUGUUCCAGAAGAAACAGGAACGUGUAACCACGGCUUACAUUACCAGCGCUCAACCGGUGAAUGCUGAGAUCGUCCACCAGGAUUGGAACCGCAAUGGACAGGCUGCUGCUCACGAGCUGGCCUAUGGUGCGUACCCAUACGCAAGCCUCCAGUAGGACAACUCCUUUUUUCCACCAAAACCAACCAAAACGCUCACCGCAUAAAAUGACGCCGAUGAGCCUUUAUUUAUUUGCUUAAUUUUAAUAAUUUAUUGAUCGAAGACCACCCUUUAACCAUGCCCUUCUUUGAUGUGCCACACGCCGCUACAAACCGGUGUUAACCCUCAAUGUGAUGUGGAUGUGUAAAUAAAAGGUGUACAGGCAAAUGAAAACCGCUUGUGUGUGUUUUUUUGUGUUUAUACUUUUGUGCGAAUGAAAUAAAGGACAGCUGUAUCGAGGGAGAAGAAAAUUAGCCAGCUCACUACUGGGGAUCUGCUGGAGUAGACAGAUAAUUCAUAUCCCAAAAAUCUGUUGAAACGGUAUUUUGUCGUCGGCAGUUAGUUGUAACGGAAAUGGGGUUAUGCUCAUGGGGAAAUGAGUAGUGAAGAAAAAAAUCAUAUUGUUUACCAUCUAGAUGCAUUAAAUGACCCAUUUAAACGGCACUGUACGCUGUACGAUCGAUCACCGACGGAUCGGUACUCAGCGAUUUGGGUUAGCAUGAUUUUGUUCGUUCGCUACUGGUAAUGAGUGAGGAAGUAUGCUGACGAUGUGUUAAUAUACCUGUCAAAGAUUUGGAAAUGAUUAGUCUCAUAUUACAUACAAUGAUAACCAUCCUGCUUUUUCUAACGAUGGCCAAGAUAGAGAAUCGGAUGUUUUCCCAUAAUUUGAUAGAUAUUUUUAUGUUUUUCGAUUAACCAUCUUCAAUGAAAAAAAUCUGAAUAUCAAAAAAAAAAAAUAAUAGUUAUAAUCGUUAAAAAUUUAAACCAAAAUUUAUGGUAUCCCAAAACUAAAGCCUCACUUAAGAUUUUUUAUGCAUCUUAAGAACGGUUAGGCCCUUUUAAGAUUUAUUUUACCAAGGAGCAGGAUAGUCAGUCCUUGCUACGCGGAUAUGGUGAAGAUGAGAUUUGAUACCCGGUCCUGCCGUGUGGAACAAGCGCCGUUUCAUAUACGCUACAGUGACUCCGCUCCGUCACUUAAGUUUUGCAUACAAUUUAACAUAAAACGUAAAUAGAUGGAUUGGUUCGAUGAUUAAGUAAUCAGUAGGACUUCUGCUACGAUUUAUAAUUUAAAAGAUUAAGUCGGAAAUUCUGAUUACAUUUUUAAA